AUGGACGGCCUCACCAACGCUCCCCCUUCCCCGCCUGCGCCUGCUGCCGCUGUCCCCGCCGCGCCCGCUGUCCCCGUCGCUGCCCCCGUCGCUGCCCCGGCCGCUCCGCCCACGCCUGCCCCUGCUGCUCGCCGCCCUCCCGCCCGCCGCCCCCUCGCCCGCCGCGCCCCCGCCGCGCCCCCGGCCCCGGCUCCCGUGAACCAGUGGUCCGGUGUCACCUUUAACGGUGGCACUUUUUCGUUCACCACACCGUCUGCCCCGGCCCCCGCCGCCGCCCGCCGCCCGCCGCCCCGCCGCCCCAAGAACAAGGCCGCAAAGGGCCCGAAAGGGGUCGACAAGAACUGGGGUCAGGGAACCUCGGUGCAUGCCGAGCGUCGCCGAAAACGACGAGAAGAAGCCGCCGCCGCCGCCGCCAUCGCCGCCGCCGCCACUCCCGACGACGGCAUGGACGUCGACGACGACGAGGAGGCGCGGCUCCUGGCCCGCCUAGCCGCCGUGCAAGCGGCAAAGAAGGAGAAGAAGGAGCGCGAGCAGCAGUAG